AUGAUGGCCUCCAAGGGUCCAAGAUCCAAACUGGACCAUGAGUCACGGGCUAAGCGGCAGAAGGCACUUGAGGCUCCGAAAGAACCUCAACGUCCUAAAACUCAUUGGGACCAUGUGCUUGAAGAAAUGGUCUGGUUGUCUAAGGACUUUGAGGCAGAGAGGAAAUGGAAACUUGCUCAGGCAAAGAAAGUUGCAAUAAGAGCCAGCAAGGGCAUGCUUGAUCAGGCCACUAGAGGGGAGAAAAGAAUAAAGGAAGAGGAGCAGAAGUUAAGAAAAGUAGCACUGAAUGUGUCCAAGGAUGUCAAGAAAUUCUGGUCAAAAAUAGAGAAGCUGGUUCUAUACAAGCAUCAGUUAGAGCUUGAUGAGAAGAAGAAGAAAUCACUUGAUAAACAGCUUGAGUUCCUUCUUGGGCAAACUGAAAGGUACUCAUCAAUGCUUGCUGAGAACCUUGUCAUCUCACCAACUUCUUGCAAGCCGUCUAACGCUUGCACUACUCAAGCUGAAACUGGCAAUCAUCAGGAAGAAGGUGAUGACACUAAUCGAAGAGAAUCUGAAUCGGAUACCGGAUCCCAUUCAGAUCUUCCUACUGCUGCAGAUGAAGACUAUGAUUUGCAUUCUGGUGAUGAAUCAGAAGAUGACGAGCGUACCAUUGAGGAAGAUGAGGCUCUCAUCACUAAAGAAGAGAGGGAAGAGGAAUUAGCAGCAUUACAGAACGAAGUCGAUUUACCUCUUGAGGAGAUACUCAAGCGAUAUGCAUCCACAGAAGUGAGCAGAGAAAUAAUUCCUGCCAAUGACGUUAAAAUUCCUGGAGCAACCAAGCUUAAAGAGUAUAAUGGAAAAAAAGAUGCCGAAUUGAUCCCGGAGAUGAAGACAGAGUCUAGUUUACCCCCAGAAUCUGGUCGUCGUUGUGUUGAAAGUAAUGGUGUGUCCGUGUCGGAGAACCACUGUUAUGAGUUUAAGAAAUACAAAAGGAGAAACUCAUUAAAGAAACCUCUUCAGUCAGAGAAAAAACAGAUAAUGCAUGAGUUCAAAGAUGAACAAGAAGAUGAUGAUUUUAUGCUUUCUGCUGAAGAGGAAAAGGAAUAUGAUAUGGACGAUGAGACAACCCUUGUACAGGAGGAAGAAUUAGCAAAGGCAGAGUCAAACCAUGCUGAAGAUGAGAUUGCAAUUCUGCAGAAGGAAAGUGAAGUUUCCAUAGAGGAGCUGCUUGAAAGGUAUAAAAAGGGUCGUGACAGCGAUGAAGAUGUGGAAGAUGACUUUGAGUCCUUGUCGAGUUCUGAUUCAGAAGCAUAUUUGAGUUCUGCAGAAAGAAGAAGCUCUGAACUGAAGCAUCAUGACGAUGAAUCUAAUGGAUUCCAGCUGGAUGUAAGUUCUCAUGUAGAAAUAGAUGAAGCUGAUUGUCCACACAAGUGUAGAGAAGAUACAGAGAGUGAGAGUAUAAUUGCUGAUGCAGCAGCAGUUGCCAGGUCAGCACAACCGACUGGUAAUACAUUCUCGACAACAGAAGUACGGACGAAGUUCCCCUUUCUUUUGAAGUAUGCUCUUCGUGAAUAUCAACACAUUGGCUUGGAUUGGCUUGUGACCAUGUUUGAGAAGAGACUCAACGGUAUACUAGCUGAUGAGAUGGGCUUGGGAAAGACAAUCAUGACAAUUUCUCUACUAGCUCAUCUUGCUUGUGAGAAGGGAAUAUGGGGUCCUCAUCUUAUUGUGGUCCCAACAAGUGUGAUGCUUAAUUGGGAGACCGAGUUCCUAAAAUGGUGUCCCGCUUUCAAAAUACUGACUUACUUUGGAAGUGCUAAAGAGAGGAAGAUAAAGCGGCAAGGAUGGAUGAAGCCUAAUUCAUUUCAUGUUUGCAUAACUACAUAUAGGCUUGUCAUCCAGGAUUCUAAAAUUUUCAAGCGGAAGAAGUGGAAAUACCUGAUCCUAGAUGAAGCACAUCUGAUAAAGAAUUGGAAGUCCCAAAGGUGGCAAACACUGCUUAAUUUCAACUCGAAAAGGCGUAUUCUCCUGACGGGUACACCACUGCAGAAUGAUCUUAUGGAACUUUGGUCUCUAAUGCAUUUCUUGAUGCCUCAUAUUUUCCAGUCUCACCAAGAAUUUAAGGAUUGGUUCAGCAGUCCAAUAUCUGUUAUGGUGGAGGGGCAAGAGAAAGUAAACAAGGAAGUAGUUGAUAGGCUGCAUAAUGUUCUGCGCCCGUUCAUACUUCGCAGAUUGAAAAGGGACGUCGAGAAACAGCUCCCUCUGAAACACGAGCAUGUUAUCUACUGUAGGCUCUCGAGAAGGCAGCGCAACUUAUACGAGGACUUCAUCGCUAGCUCCGAGACACAGGCUACUCUAGCCAGCACUAAUUUUUUCGGAAUGAUUAGUGUUAUCAUGCAACUUCGUAAAGUCUGCAAUCAUCCUGAUUUAUUUGAAGGUCGGCCAAUUGUCAGCUCUUUUGAUAUGAGUGGUAUAGACAUGCAACUGAGCUCUUCUGUUUGCACGAUGCUUGCACCUGAGCCAUUUUCAACUAUUGACCUUAGUGGUCUUGGUUUUGUAUUCACACAUCUGGAUUUCUCGAUGACGUCUUGGGAGAGUGACGAGACUCUAGCUAUUGCUACACCUUCAAGCUUUAUAGAGCAACGUGCUUGCCUGGUUAAUCUGGAGGAGGAUUGGACUGGACUUACACAUAAGAAAAGGCCGCACUCGACAAAUAUUUUUGAAGAGAUCCAAAAGGCACUGUGGAAUGAGAGAUUGAAAGAAGUAAAGGAGCGAACAGCAGCUGUUGCCCGGUGGAAUUCUUUGAGGUGCAAGAGAAAACCCGUGUAUGCCACUGACCUCAGGGAGCUUGUCACUAUUAGACAUCCUGUCCAUGAUAUUCAAUAUCAGAAGCAUUAUUAUUCUUUGUCUUAUCAGUGCUCAUCAAAGCUUGCUGACAUUGUGCUAUCGCCUGUUGAAAGAUUCAGUAAGAUGGUUGCUCAUGUUGAAAGCUUCAUGUUUGCAAUACCCGCUGCACGUGCUCCUCCACCAGUUAGUUGGUGCAGUAAAGGUGGAUCAACUGUGUUAAUUCAGCAAACGUUUAAGGACUCAUGGUAUCGAGCUUUUUCCCCUCUUCUUACUCCAUUUCGCCCGGCUAUUGUUCGACGUCAAGUUUACUUUCCAGAUCGAAGACUUAUCCAGUUCGACUGCGGUAAGCUGCAAGGGCUGGCGGUUCUGCUGAGGCGGCUUAAAUCAGAAGGUCACAGGGUUUUGAUUUUCACACAAAUGACAAAGAUGCUCGAUGUUCUGGAGGCGUUCAUUAAUUUAUAUGGUUACACUUACAUGCGUUUAGAUGGUUCCACUCAGCCUGAAGAGAGGCAAACACUCAUGCAGCGGUUUAAUACAAACCCUAAAAUAUUUCUCUUUAUUUUGUCAACACGAAGCGGGGGUGUCGGCAUAAACCUAGUCGGGGCAGAUACUGUCAUCUUUUAUGACAGUGACUGGAACCCAGCCAUGGAUCAACAGGCGCAAGAUAGGUGUCACAGAAUAGGGCAGACUCGCGAAGUGCACAUCUACCGAUUGAUCACUGAGAGCACCAUUGAAGAGAAUAUCUUGAAAAAAGCUAACCAAAAGCGAGCCCUGGACGAUUUGGUUAUACAAAGUGGAAACUACAACACUGAAUUCUUCAAGAAACUGGAUCCAAUGGAGUUGUUCUCUGGGCACACAACAGUAGCCCCAAAGGAUACAGCAAAUGAGAAACCAUCUAACAGUGCUGGUGAUGUCACCUUGUCUAGUGUUGAUUUAGAGGCUGCUUUGAAGAAUGCUGAAGAUGAAGCAGACUACAUGGCGCUUAAGAAAGUUGAAGAAGAAGAGGCUGUGGAUAAUCAAGAAUUCACUGACGAAGCUGUUGGGAGACUCGAGGAUGAUGAACUUGCUAACGAAGAGGAAAUGAAGCAUGAUGGUCGGGCUGAACCAACUGCCAUGAUUGUGAAAUCAGAUGAAGGCAAUGAAGCAAGUGGAAGUCAAUUAGUCGAGGAAGGAGCCCUGGUUUUACAUGGUAAAGAAGAUGAUGUUGAUAUGCUUGCUGACGUCAAACAGAUGGCUGCAGCUGCUGCCGCAGCAGGACAUGCAGCCUUGUCUUUUGAGAAUCAACUGCGUCCAAUUGAUCGAUAUGCAGUACGUUUCCUCGAACUAUGGGACCCAAUUAUCGACAAGACUGCAGUUGAAUCCCAUACUCAGAUUGAGGAAACUGAAUGGGAACUGGAGCAAAUCGAGAAGUUGAAAGAUGAUAUGGAAGCUGAGAUUGACGAUGAUGAAGAACCUUUGGUGUAUGAAUGCUGGGAUGCCGAUUUUGCUACUGAAGUGUACAAACAACAAGUUGAAGCACUAGCUCAGCAUCAGAUGAUUGAAGAUUUGGAACGUGAAGCCCGGCAGAAGGAGGGUUUAGUGUGUGCAAAUUCUGAUUCUCCGAGGAACUAUACCACAGUGGCUUCUAAACCCAAGUCAAAGAAGAAGAAACCGAAAAAAGCCAAGUUUAGAUCAUUAAAGAAAGCAGCUCUGGUUUCUAAAUCCAUCUCUCUUAAGGAAGAGUCUUCAGUAGAUACAAUGUCCAUAGACGAUGCUUUAAUCCAUGACGAGUUUAUUACAUCCUCGGAUGCUUUAUCCCCUUCUUCGCCUCGGGAAAAAAGACAUAGACCUUCUUCAGAGGAUGAUGAUGAUGAGCCAAGGGGCAGGAAGAAGAAGCACAAACAGUUGAAAGCCUCUGAACUGGGGAACAUUCUCAUGUAUCCCAAGCCUUCUAGCAAAAAUCAAAACGUUCCCAAAGACUCAAAAGUCUGUGAUAAUGGUGUCGUUGAUCUCGAAUCGAAGCAAAUAAUUAAGAAUAAGGCGCAAGGGAAACUUACAAUACCUGUCAUGCCUCUGAAAAGAUUUUUCACUAUAAAACCGGACAAGUCCAAAAAGAAAGGAGCCGUUUGGUCCAAAGAUUUUACUCCUUCUCCUGAUAUCUGGUCGCCGAAAGAAGAUGCGUUGUUAUGUGGGGUUGUUCAUGAGUAUGGCCCAAAUUGGAACUUGGCGAGUGAAAUUUUGUAUGGAUUGGUGGCCGGUGGGUCGUAUCGUGGAAGGUUUCGUUAUCCUGUGCAUUGCUCUCAGAGGUUUAGGGAGCUAAUACAGAGAUAUGUUUUCACUGUUAGUGAUGGCACAAAUAAUGAAAAAAGUGUUGGUGCUGUGUCUGGGAAGGCUCUGCUUAGAGUUUCUGAGGAUAAUAUCCAAGUGGUGUUCGGCAUUUCUUCUGAACUACCAGACCAUGACACCCUUCUUCAGCGGCAUUUUCUAUCCCUGCUUUCUGCUGCUUGGAAGGAUAAAUCACGCACCAAUUGUAAAAACAAUGAUCCAUCUUUGCAAAAUGGAUUUUAUCCUUCUCGAAAGCUUUAUGAUUCUACAAGCAACCAUCAGAAUUUGCCUGAAAGGUUGGAAUUUACUAAUUUGCACGAGUGUGGGAAGUUAGUCGCGGCUGCUCUGGAUAGUAAUGCCACUCAUCUAAAUCACGACAACUUACCCAUUUCUAACGAGGAGGAACUUUUCGCAGUAAAAGAGCGUUUGGAUGUAACCCUUGAAAUAAAGGGAAACAGGGAUGACGAUUUUCCCCUUCCGGCAGCUGUUAAUGUUUUGAUUUUUGGGCCGGACCCCAAUCUCUCUUUGAAGACAAUUUCUGUUGAAGAAAGCCAUUUGAAAUCUUCCCGUGGUCUGGUCACGAGGCAGUUUAGAACAUUAGGGUCUCAACCGGAAAGUGAAUCUCUAUGUUUGGGGAAACACAAGCUCCCUCUUUCAGAGACGUUAAAACCUUCCAAGUCAAAAUCCAGACGAGUUACUAAAGAACCAACUCAUAUGCAUUCACCAACAGCUCGUGAAGUAUUCCAGCAAAUGGCGGCAAUGAUGCCAGACGACACAUUUUCAUACUUUGACAAGCAGCCAUCCUUCUUUCCACAAGCUCGGAUGCUUGAAUCUGAUUGGCUGCUCGAAAUGAAUGGCAACUUAGAAGCUGCUUACUCAUCCAACGUCCAGCCAUAUUUAAAUUCCGAGCUUGAAGAUCUAUCAAUUUUACCCCACUUCACGGAUAUAGGGUAA